GGUAUUUGCCCAGACUCUGCCUGCCAUUUUGUAAGAUAGAAGGGAGAUAAAAAAUAGUUUUAUGGUUUUAAAAUUUCAUAAAAGCUUCUUUGCCAUUUCUAUUAGGGCCCAUAACAAAUGUUUAAAUGGACGCUUCGUCCAUAAUAACUCAGGUGUCACGGGAUGACGAGCAGUUAAACAACUAUGGAUCUGAUAGAGGAGCGGCUCCAGGUGGGCAGCAUAAUGACGGUGAUGGGACACCAGUAUCGGGCUCCACCCCGAUUGGGACUAAGAAAUCAAGUGGGAACGGUGGAUUCCUCCGCUCGCUGCUGUGUUGUUGGCGAGGGGGCAGAGGCAAAGGGCCACCUAGUGGAAAUGGAACUAAUAGCAUCGAUGGCAGGGCUUCGCCCCCUCUUCUUGUUAUGUCGGACCAUGCGCCACGACCUUUACUGCCACCAGUGAGACAUCAGGAUAUGCACAAAAAAUGUAUGGUGAUAGAUCUAGAUGAAACGUUAGUGCACAGUUCUUUCAAGCCAAUAAACAACGCGGAUUUCGUGGUGCCCGUGGAGAUAGACGGCGCGGUGCACCAGGUGUACGUGCUGAAGCGGCCGCACGUGGACGAGUUCCUGCGGCGCUGCGGCGAGCUGUACGAAUGCGUGCUGUUCACGGCGUCGCUCGCCAAGUACGCGGACCCCGUCGCGGACCUACUGGACAGAUGGGGCGUGUUCCGCGCGCGUUUGUUCCGCGACAGCUGCGUGUUCCACCGCGGCAACUACGUGAAGGACCUCAACACACUCGGGCGGGACCUGCGCCGCGUCGUCAUCGUGGACAACUCGCCCGCCUCCUACAUAUUCCAUCCGGAUAAUGCUGUACCCGUCGCGUCGUGGUUUGACGACAUGACGGACACGGAGCUGCUGGACCUGAUACCGUUCUUCGAGAAACUGAGCAAAGUGGACUGCGUGUACGCGGUGCUGCGCAACUCGAACCACCCCUACAACCCUGCGCAGAACGCGUCGCCGUCCAUGUAGCCGCGGCCGCGCGAACCCGGGCUCGCCGGCGCGUGCGACGCGUGCGGCGCGUGCGACGCGUGCGACGCGUGCGACGUGCGACCCGCGACUGACGCGUGCGCGCGCGACUCAUCCGACUUCGAACUUAGCGACAUGACGCGGCGCCCGCGCGCCUGUGACGUGCGCCAGCGCACGUGCACGCACGAUAUAACGCACAAACGCGUCCAGUCCCAGUGCGGCGUGCGGGAGAGUUACAUCCGGUAUGAGUGCGGCGUGCGCGAGAGCCACAUCCGGUAUGAGUGUGGCGUGCGCGAGAGCAACAUCCGGUAUGAGUGUGGCGUGCGCGAGAGCAACAUCCGGUAUGAGUGCGGUGUUCGCGAGAGCCGCAUCCGGUACGAGUGCACAGGCUGCGCGCUGAGCGUCGUGGAGCCCGAGCGGACGAUGGUCGCCGCGCUGCAGACCCUCAUCAAAAAGGGAGCGAACUUUGUCUUAAGUGCCAAUUUUGCCUUCUGGAUAGUGAGGACUUUGUUUGUACCUAUUUUACAAUUUAGGUAUUUCCUAGUACGUAAGUGGUCCGUGUGAUUAUGUUGUUCACUUCCGUUGACGCACCGAGCUUUCCGAUCGGCGACGUGAGUUUACAUUAUCUGUGUCGCUGCAAUGUUUCAACUUCGGCCUCGCUACGUGGGUGGCGAGGUCGAGAGGAUCGAUUUUACCUUUUUAUAUCGUGCUUGGGAUCAAAUAUGAGUAAGUUAGUGUACAGGGCGAGCCGCGCCCCCGCGCCCCGCGCCCCGCGCCCGGCGCCCCGCGCCCCGCGCCCCGCGCCCCGCGCCCCACCCGCCGCCGCCGCUCGACGUCCGUUCGCGCUCACGUCUCUGCAUAGACUUCGAUGUAAUCACGAAUUAUUCGCAAUUCGACUGUUAUUGUAAGUUUACAGCUGUGUAAAUAUAUUUUAAUUGAAAUGAAAUCGUAUCUUAAAUCGUUUAUCAUACGGUACAUUAUCAAACGACUACGAUGUAAAUAAUAAACCAUAAGAAUGUAAUUUUUAACGGUUGAAAGUAUUUUCAUAUAACACUGACGAGGCCAAUAUUAUAUUAUCCCGUAGAGUUCAGUGCAUUAUUUUAUUUUAAUUCAUGUGAAUUUUAACAAAUUUAUACAUAAUUAUUUUUCUUAUAGAAUAUAGAAAUUUCCCCUAUAUAAAUAUAAAAUAGGACCAUGUAAGAAUUAUAACCGAUACUGUAAUUUUGGUCUCGGAUAAUUGCACAAAAGCAUUGAUGUGAUCGCGGAUAUAAAUACAUCGCUUAUCUUUUCGUAUUUUUUCGUGACAAUAAAAUAAAAUAUAUCGGUGUCAUAUGGGUUUAAUGGAUAAUAAAUAAUGAUAUAAUAUAAUAGUUUGCAAAAGAAUGGAUGUGUUACUGAAUGUAUUAUUCGGAAUCCACCGUGUUUUAGAAAUAUAAAAUCUAUAUAAGCAAUCAUACACAGUCGGUAAAAUCUAAUUAUCUCGCUCCUAUGCAUUGGUUCAAAUGUGUUAGAGUGAAAUAGGACGAUUGCUGUUUCGCGAUUUUACUGGUAUUCAUUUCUUAUAAAAAGAUGCAGAUUCAAUAUAAAUUUAUAUUACUGUUUGCUUUUGUUCAGUCAUAUUGCAAUGUAUAACGCAGUAUUAACUAGAUUUGUAGAAUUUGAUGCCAUGAAACAUAUUACUAGAGAACCUUGUGGUUUUAAUAUAUUUUUACACGUAAAGUCUAAGAGAGUAAAACUACGAAAGUCGUCAGGUCAAAUAUCACGUAUGGGGCAAUGAAAAGUAGUGGAAUAUGCCUUUACUUUUAUUAAUAAACGGUAAGUAGAAAGCUUUGCAUAGAGAUAACUUUUGACGAAACGUAAAUGUGUUUUCUCUUCCCUUUUAUAAUAUUCAAAAUUCAUUUCUUCCAAUUUAAUAAUAAAAUUCAUCAAAUAAAGAGAUGUCACUUUAAGCGUAAGUUUCGGAUAAGGAAUAACUCGAUGGUGCUUGCAGUAUUAUUAUAAGCGACAAAAACGAUUUGAAUGAAUAAAACGACAUAUGCACUAAACGCACGCACAUUUGGCACUAACUCGAAGAAGGUUUUUUUAACUUUAUCAAAAUUGUGGCGAACAAGCUAUUUAUUAUACUUUUGCUUAGCAAAAAAUUAAUUCUUAAUUUUAUUGUUUAUUUGUUUAUUAUAAGCAAUAUUGUUUCGGUAAUAGGCAUGUAAAUAAGAUUUUUAUUUGGCCGACUCGUACGGUCUUCACGAUUCAUUCACUAAAAUUAAAAUUAUUAUUUUAUGUACAUGUUUGUUAUUUAGUGACUACGACGGUGUAUGUAUAUACCCUAUAUUUACUAGAUGUACGGUAUUCAUAGUUCGUAUUCUUGUCUUUUUAACGUAAUUUAAUCGACAGUGACCUGUAAUGCACUCUUUCCCGCCAAAUUGGCGAUACGUUAAUGUUCACUGACACCUGUCAGACAUCUUGAAAUCUGAUUGGUCGAUAUUCGUAUCAUGCAGCCUAUUGGCCAAUCAUAAAUGUUCGUUUUUUUAUUAAGAAUCGACCGUCCUUAAAUGCGUUGAAUAACGUAUUUUCAUUUAUCGUAAUAAGUAUCCGCCUUAUUAGGCACGUAUUUAAGAGUUCCCUCCCUCACACGUAACGUGGACCGCGAAGUUUUGGUAACAUUUGAAAUCAUCCAUAAACCACGGUAGAGCAUUUAUUUAUAAGCAUUAACACGAUAGAUGUAGGAUGUUAUAGUAAUAUAUACGUUGAUUUCUCUAGUUUUUAAGCGUUCUGUUGUUUAAAUAACGUUUUAUUUAACGCAGAUUUCAUGAAACGUGUUUGCCCCGUGAAUUUUUUCGAUUAUAUACUUUUUUAUUGUAUUUGACAGUCGAAAUCGUCCAACUAUGUUAUUUAGUAGUUAUGAAUAAUUAAUUGUUAAUUUAAUAUGAAAUUAAUGCCCGCAAUAAAAAUUGAUUGAUAUUUCGCUAAUAAUGUCUUAUGUGUAAUAAAUAUUAUAUGUAGUAACAUUCGAGAUUGGGAAUUCGUUGUUAUAUUAAUUUUUCAAAAUGUUUUUUUAUGAUGUAUUUUAAUAAUAAGGUAUAUUAAUGAGAGAAUAGUGAUUUUAACGCAAUAACUUAAAUGUCUGGAUUCUUAUCUAACUUUACUGCUUGUUGGUUAUGGAACAAGCGUGAAAUAAUUAUGAGAAAUUAUGCGCCAUAUAUAAAGUUCUAUGUAGCUAUUUAUUUUGUAAUCGUAAUUGUCGAUGUGCCUUUUAUUUGUAUAUUGAUUUUGAUGUUUAUCUAGUGUUGCCUUCAUAUAAAUACCAUGAACUACUUAAAUAUGUAUAAGUGCACAAUUAUUGUUUUCAUUUAACGCCCUUCAUAGUUAUCUUGUAUUUUAGUUCGCUCCGAAACAAAGUACAAAUCAGUUAGCAGUUAAUGCGAACAAAACAGCGAUUUAGUCCGUUAUUUUUGUAUUAAAUGUAAGGUUGUGCUUAUGCUGUACUACAUAUCAUUCAUAUAAUUGGCCUUCCCGUUAGGAAUUUUGCUUAUGAAUAAUUUUAAUUUCGAAUUCUAUAGAGACUUGCCUAGUCACUGCCUCUGUUUCAUAAUUUGUAUCACAUUUUACAACGGUACAGUGCCAUUAUCAGUAUUGUAAAUAGAAUAUUUUAUUACAAAUUAAUUUUAUUUACAGUAUUUUUGGUAUUUAAAUGUAUCUCUGUAAAAUGUUACCUUUAACUAGAUAAAUUUAACUAUAAAAGGUUCAGGUGGCAACUGCUUUGUCGUUAUACCAUAUUCUAUUUACAGUAGCUUGGACAAAUUCAGUUUCGAUUUUAUUAUAUACAUAUAUGAAAAUAAAAUGAUAGCAAAAUCUAAGAUUCUUUAAAUUAAAUAUUUGGUAUUAUUUAAGUUUCAUAAAGUUUAGUCACCUGAUUAAUUUUUGAACGUACAGAUUACUCGAAGGACUUUUUUUUUGUAAAACAGUUCAAGAUAAGCUCGGUAUAGAUUUUUUAAUGUUAUUGUUCGUCGAUGUUUGAAUAUAAAAACUAGGUGUUGGCGUGUAGAUAUAUUGUACAGCAAAGGACGGUAUAAUGAGCUCGUACAGUCGCCCCCAAUAGUUGUAUACAACAGUGUAUACCUGUUUUUUUAUACUAUCUGAAUGAAUCAAUCUGAAUGCACAUUUGGGAGCGACUGUACCCACAUAAAAUAGACAAGUGAGAGGUAUUAUAUAUGUAUGUAAUAGCCAUAUAUACGGAAGCGGGAGAGUAGCUAGGUAACAUUUACCUGACACGAAAUUUAUAUAAUGGUGUACAUUUUUGAUAUGACGUUGUACAAAAGAGACAUUUGGUAUGUUAUUUUAUAGGAAUGAAAUAAAUAGCCUUAAUAAAC